CUGAUAGGUGGCACUGACUGGCAAUGAUAGGUGGCACUGAUUGUGAGCACUCAUAGGCAGCACUGACUGGCACUGAGAGUUGGCUCUGAAAGGCAGCUCAAAUGGGCACUGAUAUGUGGCAUUGAUGUGCACCUGUGUGCACUGAUAUGUGGCACUGAUGUGGCACUGAUGGGCACUGGCACGAGGCACUGACAUAAGGCACUAAUGGACACUGACAGGUGGCACUGCUGGGGCUACACUGAUUAUCAGGGCACACUGAUCAUCAGUGCCCUGAUGAUCACCGAUUACCGGCUCUCCUCUCCUCUCGAGCUGUCAGUGUGUGUGACAGCUCGUGGGGAGAGAAAUGCUGAUAACCGGCAUUUCCCUGAGCCACGAAUGCGCAGUGAG